AUGAACACUGGUGAGCCAACCCCACCCAUCUCAUCCUCCACCUUACCUCAAACCACAUCCCCCAUUCCAGACAUUACAGGACCGCUUCAUCCCCUGUCCAUUUCACCCACUCUUCCCACCUCUGAGAGGAGACCUCAUCCACCUUCAAGGAGACAUGUCCCUGCAAAAGCGACUUGGUCUGAAACUGUCAGUAGGAAUACUGACAAAACUCUUACUCUGAUUGCUCCUACUAUAUUGUCUCCACAAGGUAAAACGUGGGUUCACAUCCCUUAUUCUAUUCUCCUCAAAGGAGCUGCUUUAGAUAAGGAAUUCAAUAUAGGCUACUUUAUGGACAAUAUCUGCCUAUGCCUUUAG